UGAACUCCCUCUCAACUGGAAGUUCUUUCAUUUUAGCUGAAGAAUAAGACAUGUCUCGCUAAAUUUCCCCAUCGCUCUCCACUGGCGACCGGGGACGCAAGUCGACUUCUUUUUCUAUUCGAGCCGACCUCGGUGCGAAGACGGAGAGUGUGAAGAUAAAUAUUGACGAGUCAUCGUGUGGUCGAGGAAAACAACACACCGGAAGCGCUGGUGCUAAAAGACGCUGGAAGCUAACCCCGACGUUAGCUCGCAACUUCAACUGUGUCACACUCGCCGGGGACAUAAAACAGAGCCGAGCAGAAGACAUCAACAGGAGUGCGUGGGAUUUGAGAGUCGUCGUCCCAUUGGGUCGUGAGAUGACCUCUCAGCAGCCUCAGCUUCCCAACGCUGCUAUUCCUCCCCAGAUUGGCCACAACUCAUCUGCUAACCAGGCACAGCCCCACAUUCAGGCUGGACACCCUGACUCCAAUGUGAGUGGUGCGGCCACUUUGGACAAUAGACUGGGGAGUGGCAGGCCGGGAUGCUCUAGUGCUGUGACAUCCCGAGUCGAAGGGGUCAGCAGAACCAUGUCCUGUCCUACCUCCAAAAGAGAGAGGGACUUUGAGCCCUGGCCUGAGGACGCUGUGGACUCCUCCCAUGGCUUGUACUCACUUCACCGCAUGUUUGACAUCGUCGGGGCUCAACUCACACACCGGGAUGUUCGAGUCCUCUCCUUUCUGUUCGUGGAUGUGAUUGAUGAGUACGAGCGUGGCGCCAUCCGAAGUGGAAGGGAUUUCUUGCUAGCACUUGAACGCCAGGGUCGAUGUGAUGAGACCAACUUUCGGCACGUGCUGCAGCUUUUGAGAAUCAUCACUCGCCAUGACCUUCUGCCUUACGUCACCUUCAGGAAACGACAAGCUGUGUGCCCGGACCCUGUGGACAAGUAUCUGGAGGAGACGUCUGUUCGCUACAUAUCCCCGAGAGGCGAGUCCCAGAGCAGAGACACUGUCCCUCACAGACGCACGAGUCCACAGUCCGUCAUCUGCUGCUCCCCAGCAGGACACCACGUCGGCCCGUCCAGAACAAAACCGGCUCCCCAUGUAUCCAACCGCAGACGCAAGAGAAGCCACUCCUCAGCUGACUGCAGAGAGAAACAGACGUGUGAUAUUCGCCUCCGGGUGCGUGCUGAGUACUGCCAGCAUGAAUCAGCACUGCAAGGCAACGUCUUCUCUAACAAGCAGGAAGCAGUGGAGCGACAGUUUGAGCGCUUCAACCAGGCCAACACCAUCCUGAAAUCACGGGACCUGGGCUCCAUCAUCUGUGACAUCAAAUUCUCUGAGCUUACCUAUCUGGACGCUUUCUGGAGAGACUACAUCAAUGGGUCCCUGCUAGAGGCCCUCAAGGGGGUUUUCAUCACGGAUUCCCUAAAGCAGGCGGUGGGCCACGAGGCCAUCAAGCUCCUGGUCAAUGUAGACGAAGAGGACUAUCAGGCAGGACGCCGCAGACUGCUCCGGAAUUUGGUCAAUAGCGGAGGAACAUCGGGAAGCAACAAAGACUGUGUAUCGUAAACACACCUGAGCACAGGAAGAGAAGGAUGAGGUUGCGUGCCUGACACAGACGCUAUCUUCCACGUACGAGACUGUGACUCCUUCAGGAGUGCGGCCCGAGGACAUCAGGUGGUGACAUGAUGUGUAGCAUGCCGAGAGACUGGGAGCCACAGUCGCCACGCUUGGCUGGUGGUUAGUUUUCCAUAUGAAGCUGAUUGUUUUCUGCGAGGAUGACCAAGUUCUACACACUAAAGGGGCCAGAGAAUGUUAUGACGUCAGUAUGAUUUGAUUGAUUCAGCAUCUCCAAACAAGUCCCUCCACUGCUGCUGUGAAGCACAGCUCAACAAAUCACGCCGACGUAUCGGACUGUUUUGUGAUCAUGCUGGGGAAUUGCAAGCGAUGAUGUUCAUGACGCUAAUGCCGCCAAACAGUCAAAACUAUACGCUGCUGGGACCAAAAAAGAGGUUGUAAGAACAUGUCCGACCUCUGUCAGAUUCCAUUUGCAUUCAAAUCAAUUUGUCUCUAUAUUCUGUGGCCUCUUUAGGGAAGCUGACUGGAUCAUAUGCACCGGCUGCCAGGUCUGUGUCCACAGAACAUGACAGUUGAAAGUACAAUGCCCCUGGCUGACUUUGAUAUAGUAUUAAACCAAAAAGAAAAAGAAUCAAUUUGUCCUCUACAAGUCUGCAGCUUCAGACUGAAGAAGCCCCCCCCCCCAAGUGUUACGCUGAUGUUUUCACAGCCUUCAGGAGGCUGCUGCAAAACUGUUCUGUGGACACAGCUGACUUCUGCCUGGACUCCUGGUUCGGGAGUCAACAUGUCGUGGGACUCAAUUUGUUUGCAUUGUUGCAAUAUAAAAUCUGAAUCAAGGCCGGAGCAGAACUGUAGGUUGUUGAAGGAGGUUCAAGUGUUGCAGCAGGUUUCUCUCAGUGUGUUUAAAAAGUGUCAACCAAUGUGAGCAGGUCUCAUUGUCAUUGAAGGACGUUAGGGAAUAUGUCGUCAGCAAUCGCAGCUGAGACGGUCUCCACGGCUCCUUCUGCCUCAUCAUUCAAUACUGCAACAAUUCAAAUGACUUGCGUUCAAGUGUUCAACCCAAAUGCAAAAUAGUGCCCGAGUGAAAACUUUCUGGACCUCUAACUGUCGUCUGACGUAUGGCCGGUGUUCCGGAUCUGAUCUUUUUUUUUUUUUAAACGUCAGUUCGUGUGCUGACUAGUUUCUCCCAGUGGGAGAUGAGUCUAACAGUUUGACUGCUUUGUCAUUUUCGUUUUGGGUACGUUACCGAUGGUUUCAUCCAACGAGCAAAUGUGUAUGUCCUAGACUUCGGACGGUAGUAGACUCACGUUGUUUUAAAUCCUUUUUAUUACUGGAUGUGUCACUGUUUUAUCCACGGUUAGGAUCUGGUGUUUGCGCAGGAGUGUGACUGCCCCCCUUCACGUGCUCACUCAUUUAUUAUGAAUAGUGAUGUCUUUCUUUGGCUUUUAUUUGAAAUGACUGUAAUAAAUAAUAUACCUGACUACAUGUGUUCAGGAGGGG